UCAACAUCUCUACCAUGUCCGCAAUCGUUGAAGACAUGUACUUGCUUUCUUCAUCCAUGAAAAUGGAAAAACAAUUCCGCAAACGCCAUCACUCGGAUUCUUCCGAUGACGAUUCUUCAAGCCCGAAGUCGGCUUCUCCAUCCAUGGAUGAUGACCGUCGUGCACAUCACAACGAACUUGAACGCAGAAGACGUGACCAUAUCAAAGAUCACUUCACCAUUCUUAAGGAUGCCAUUCCACUGCUUGAUGGGGAGAAAUCGUCGCGAGCCCUGAUCCUGAAACGAGCAGUUGAGUUCAUCCAUGUCAUGCAAACUAAGCUCAGUAGUCAAGGAAAAGCCAUUGAAGAUCUCACAAGGAAAAACGAGCUUCUUGAGGAAAGGCUGCUCGAACGCGAGUCUUCCGGUUCUCCAUCUUCCUCUCGGCUUCCAGCUCUUGCUGUUAGCUCAAGCCAAAUGCAGCUCACCAUGCCAAUUAUCCCACAGAUGCAAAACAUUGCACAGCUGUCUCAAUACCCACAACAAGCAAAUAUAAUUGCUCAAUCCACAAACCCAGCUCAAUUAGAUGGGCUUAUUGCUCUUAACAAUGAUGCCAUCUUGGCUUUACUCGGAAGCUUUCAAAGCGUGAGCCCAUCGCUUUUGGAUUCUGCACCUGGUACUCCACCUUCUGGCUUUUAUCCUUGUGCAUUUUCUCCGGUUGAUCAACAAAUGGCAGUGAAAAUCUAAAAACCUUCAAAAAGGCUUUUUUAUUUCUUAGAUACCCCCACCCUUCGAAUUCUCUAAUAUUUUUUGAUCUCAUUUACUCGGUCGUCAUGAACCCUUCUUCGGACAUUCCAAACAUCCAUUCGGUUUCUCCGGACAUACAUGGGUUUCACGUGUACUUUAAGAAUUGCCUGCUUGAUCUGACAAUAUAUUAUUUCAGUUUUUUUUACUCACUGAUUUGUUCCAGUUAUGAUAUCUUAUUUAUUGAUAAUGCCGAUAAUAAAUACUGAUAAUAAAUAUUUAUAUCAAC